AAGACGCCUGAUUGCGCCCUCUGCGCGGCUCCAGCUCGCUUCUGGUCCGUCUCUCCGGCGGACUUACCAACAAACUGCUAACACCAAGACGCCGUUCGGCUUUGGGUCCCAUUCGAACCUGGAAGGUUAUCGACGCCGGGAAGCAUUGAAGUAAAGAAAAAAAAGGGAAGGUAGUGCGUGCCUUUGUGGUGUGCAACAACAGGUUUGGUUGGAGUGUCAGAACCGGCUUUCAGGGUGCUGGGUUCCCCCGGACCGGCCGCCCCGAAAGUCCAGUUCUCAGCGGCCUUUGUUCGGUCCUUCGUGCUGAAUUGACACCGAGUGGCCACUGCCCAGUUCCAAGGCGCCGCUGCGAAAAUGGCCGUCUCGGUGGUCGCAGCUGCCGCCGCAACGCCUUUAGACACGUCGUCGUGUGAAACCGGCUCCAAUAAGUCGAGCCUCGCGUCGUCGCCCCGGCAAUAUCCCACCGAGCUGACACAUCCCAUUCUCGAAGAGUGUGAUGAGACGGAUAGCGAAGUGAUAAACGAACCCGUCACUCCUGUGAGUGGCCGUCAGUCGCAGGAUUUCCAGACCCUUACAAAUCUCGACGGCCACAACGACCAUACCCACGACCAGCUUGCGUCGGAUCAGACUGCCGCCGCUUUCGCGCCCACCCGCCAAAGUACCGCCCCUGGCUCAAAGCCGCCCCUCCAUGUCAACACGGCCGCAACCCCCCCGUCGAAACUGCCUCGAAGCCCCCACCAAGCCCCGCGAACGGCGCCUCCAACGGCUCCUCCUUCUUCAACGCCUUCCCCCUCAAUACCUGCGGUCGACCAGGAUCUCGCAGCCGCGCCUCUCUCAAAACGCUCGACUUCGAAUUUCAGGCGCACCAUGUCCAGUUUCCUGAGACGCGUAGGCUCGCAAGCUGACAAAGCCGCAUUUGGUGCCGACCCCGGGAACCUUGCUGCAGCAUCGGCCCUGAAUCUGCCAGAGGCCGCGCAGAGAAGGACGCCGAUUCGGCGGUGGUCGAUGAACAGGAGUUCGGCUACUACCCGCUCCAACACCCCACCGUCGCCCAGCUCUCCGCUCGAGAUGGCCAUCAAGACGAGGGAGGAUGCGUCCCGACCAACGGUGCCGGGGUCAGAGGCCUUCUUCAAGAAAAAGACACGAACCUCGACUGGUUUCUCGCUGCGUACUCGCCCGGCCGUGCGCAACGAUAUUGAGACCCCCUCGAGACAGAAUCUGCAGCCCAGGCGACGUGCAAGCAGCUUCGAUAAUUCAAAACAGGAACGGCCCGCGAACGGAGAUGCUGACAAGGCUAUCCACAUGGAGAGGUCACUAUGGGGGCUUCCGGCGGAGACAGGCACUGGGGUUAAAGCGCGCCGCAUGAGUUUGAGUUUGCCUGACGACUUCACUGUGGACGUGAUCGAGCUGGCUUCCGAGUUCGAGUAUCAGCACAGGCUCCUGGGCCGGCACGGCAAGCACCUGGGCAAGGGCGCCACCUCCAAGGUCACGCUGAUGGUGUCCAAGAACGGCGGCGAACUGUUCGCCGUCAAGGAGUUCCGGGGCAAGUCGUCGAGCGAGACGCGCGAGGAGUACGAGAAGAAGAUCAAGUCGGAGUACACAUUGGCGAAAAGCCUGCACCACCCCAACAUCGUCGACACAGUACGGCUCUGCAUCGACCAUGGCCGCUGGAACCACGUGAUGGAGUACUGUGAAGACGGCGAUUUGUUCACGCUGGUCAACAAAAAGUACCUCAAGAGCGAGGACAGGGAAAAGGACCGUCUCUGUCUCUUCAAGCAGCUGGUCACGGGCAUCCACUACCUCCACUCGAAUGGCAUCGCUCACCGCGACAUUAAGCUCGAGAAUCUGCUCAUCACCAAAGAUUCGCGCCUCAAGAUAACCGAUUUUGGCGUUUCGGAGGUCUUUUCGGGCAUUCACCCAGGGCUCAGGGAAGCGGGCGGUCAAUGCGGCAAGAACAUGGGCGAGGUUCGCCUGUGCGCCCCCGGCAUCUGCGGCAGCCUGCCGUACAUCUCUCCUGAAGUGCUGCAGAAGAAGGACUACUACGACCCCCGGGGCCUGGAUGUUUGGAGCUCGGCGAUCGUGAUGCUGAACCUUAUUUUUGGUGGUCCUCUGUGGCAUAAGGCUGAGAUUGCCGAGAACGCGCCGCCACAGGAUACCUAUGCCAGCCUGGUCCGCGGCUGGGAGAGAUGGACAGCCAAGCACCCCGACGGUUGCGAUACGGCCAUCACAGACAUGGAUUAUCCCCAUGUGUUCGUCUUCGACACGUUCGUCAAACCGCCGGCGCUGCGGCGCGUUCUUCUCCAGAUGCUCAACCCGGACCCGGUCAAGCGAAUCUCGAUUGCGAAUGUGGUCAACAACCGAUGGGUCAAGAACAUUGAGUGCUGCCAGACGGAGAGCUUUGACGAACCCAGCGGCGGCGCCAACAUGAUCGAUGCGUCCAAGAAGCCGUGCCAAAAUCGGGUGUGCGGCAAGAAGAUAUACUGCCACAAUCACCUUCCUCCCAAGGAGCACAACACUCACUCGCUCGGCAAGAUGCCAGGUAGCGCCGGCUACUGAGAACGAGUCUCGGCACCGCUGGGGAGUGUCCUUCAGGGCAGGCCCGGUGGAUAUCCUUUUUUUGUUUCAACUCUCAAACUUACGUUACUUGGGCUCUUUUAAUCUGGGUUCAGCGGGGCACACAUGCAAAACCAUACACGGCGUUACACGGGGAACAAGGUGCAUAUCACAGCACAUUUCACGGUAUGGGU